UCAGAAGAGGGGGACAAGCUGAGUAGUUUAAUGCAGCAAGUCAGUGAAAGUACUUACAGGUUGAGAACUUUUGAAACUAUCUUCCCUGCCUCUGAUAUCCAACAUUGGUUAGCAUUCUCUCGCACUGACAUGCUGGAAGAAUUUAUUUUACAUCUUCAGAAGGGUAAUUUAGAUGUAGCGUCUACUGUUUGGCACCGACAUCUUUACGAGUUUGGCUCAUCUAUAGACAUUGAUAAAGUGUUUGAAAUCUUGUCGUCUUUCCCAUUUAAUAUGCAGUCUGACAAGUUAUGUACCUGGCUACCUAGAAAUGUCUUCUCAGAUUUGGUAAAGCUUUGCCCAGACUCAAUGGAAGUUAUUGCAAUGUGGGGUGACAAACGUGUGAAAGAUCUGGAAUUUAUAGAGAAAGCAGAAUGGCCUUCAAAUGGUUUAGCCUUAGCCGACACUAUCAUAUCAAUCCUUGAGAAUGUUGUUGCUGAUUUCCAUGCUGGUGGUAAUAUUGAGGUGCAGAUGGCAGUUCAUGUAGCCCAGUGGAAGGCUCACUCUCCAUCUUCUGCUUUGUAUCACUUACGUCAAACCUCCCUUGCCUUGCAAGAUUUGCAACUUUUAGCUGAGAAAUUUAGAGUCAAAAUUGGAUUCCAUGAAUAUACACAGGAAGACAAGGUUGCAGUAGCAGCGUCAAUUCUGGAUUGGUUGGUGAGUGGUGAAGAAGUUGCACCACUGAUUGAUGGUUUUCUCCGGUCAUAUUUCAUUCGCCAUGGCUUACAGCAUGACACUACACUUGCAUACUUUAUCAGGGAAACCUUAAGAUCAGCAGACCAAGAUUGGUGGGUCUGGCAAGAAGCACAGUGGGAAGACAAAGUGUAUGCUGUAGUCAAUAUUAUAACUGAUGUUCAGCUACGUGUGGAAUGCAUUGUAGAGUGUGUUCAUAUUGCUCCUGUACCAUGGAGUGAGGGAACUAAAGCUAUGUGUGAUGCUGGUUUGGCAUUAAAUACUUCACUAAGCUCUCAACUGGAGGAUCAGCGUCAGCUUGUGGGGCUUAAGUUGGUUUUGAGGAGGCAUUCUCUGCAUCUCUACAAAAUUGAUAACCCUCAGCUUGCAGAGGUAAUGCUGAGAAAUAUUGUGAAUCGGGACGGUGAUACAAUCAUGGAGGAUGCCUUACAAGUUGUAGCAGCUUACAAGCACCUGUCACGAUCUGAUGCAUAUUUUUGGAGGGCUUUUCAUCUUUUAACCACUGGGAAUCCAGAUGAACUGAAAAAGCUUCUGCUACAAUUGGAAGAAUCUCAGCAAAAAGUUACUUGUCAGAAGCUGAUUGCCUAUGCAACACAAGUCUUGCAUUCACCACCUAUAAAUUGCUUUUGCAAACAUAGAAGAAAGUCAGUAACAACUAGCCUCUUGGGAAUUGAACAGUUGGCGAGAAAAUGGUACAAAACCACCGGUACUUUACUAGAUGAGAAAUUCUUUUCCACUGUGAGGGACAUUCACGAAAUGCAGGUAAUGUUCAAACUUUUAUUGUUUGUUGUUAAACCAUAUACUACCUGA